AUGGCAGCCUUCGACCAUAUCAAGGACAUGUACGAUGUUGCUCUAAAGCCUCGUCUGUUGCACACGCUCAUUAGAGACCAUGUCCCCGACAAUAAGCACCCUUUCGGGAGCCCAUUGGAUCUGUCGAAGGUAGUGUACACAAUCAAAACUCACACCUCCUUCGCGAGUCUGUACAAGAUCUGA